CUGCCCUGCUGAUUUUGAUAGUGCUUUAUUUUCUCCGAUCUCUAACACUGUAGCUAAAAUCGGCAUUCACUCUUCGCUAAAUGGCCGUUAGUUUUCUUUCGAGUAUCGUGUCUUGGAUCGUGCCUUGGAUCUGCCCUGGGUCUUCUUGUACUCAUGCGGUACUGACAGGUGCUUGCUGAACGCACACUUCGCAAAAUGCCAGUCUGCGCAUUACACAAGGCUGAUAUUUCCGAGACGCACUUUCUUUUACGACAAACCGCGUGAAUUUACUCAUGGUAGCUCGAUAGAAUGCUUUCCUCAAAAUUAACUGCUCUGAAGAGUUUGGCUUCCGCAAGCCUGGAUGGCUUCUUUUUGUUCGGCACUCUAUGCCACACUAAUGAUGACAAAGAUCCCCCACGGAAGUUCAAGGCUUCGCCCUCAACGGAUCUUCCUCUGUACUACGGGCGUUGCUCAAUGACUGUCAGGAAGCCUUGGAAUGUCUCACUCGAACUAAAUUUGUCUGCUCCAACCAAGUGGAUGAAAAAGGAUGAAGAAGUUCAGACCGACGCCGAAUUACAAUUAUUCAGUCUGGAAACUACAGAGGAGCAGUUAUCAGAAUGCGCUCAUAUGCUCAAUAUCUCGCAAUGCAUGAGAGCUUCGUCCUCCUCCGGUUUCCAUGACACAUCGCCACCCUCAAUUUGGACAGUCCUCGGUCUCAUGGACUAUUCUCCUGCGUUGUUCAAUCUUGGUGUCUGGUACGAGCGCCGGGCUAGAACUCACUGCUCCAAUUCGUCCAGUAAUUACCUCGACAAGGCUGAGGAGGCAUAUAGUCGCGCUCUACAGAUUGAUGUUCACCCCUUGGCAUCUUACAAUCUAGCCUGUCUAUUGUUGUCGACAAAGCGCAGCCAUGCUAAAGCUGGUACUCAGACAUACUCCGUCGACGACCUGAUGAGUAUUGCUGCUCGUCAUGGUGUGAAAGAAGCGAAGGACUACUUGCGCCAACGACCAUCGUCUUACUUUCCCAGCAAAUCUCCAUAAAGUUUUAUCUGCAUUUAAAUGUCUCCAUACCUCUGGGGAUUUCCACAUUUGCAUUAUUCCCCGUAAAUCCCCCGGUAUUUUGGCGUUUCCCAUUGACCAUGUUUGGUGUAGGUUUUUGAUUAAAAUUUCACUGCUUAACUUUGUUCAUUAGCCGUUAAUAUAUUUCUAUCCAGAUCCCAUAGUUAA